AUGGCAGAUUCUGCGCUACUGGUGGAUGGACUAGAUGAGAGCGAUACUGUGAAAGAGCAACAAUGCGUCCGAGCUGCGGGCAAAAGGAAAGUACAUGAGGAUUCCGACUCUGAAGACAACCCGCCCCAGCUAAAAUGUCCUCAUCCCACAAACAUGUCAUCUCAUAUUUCCUUAGUAGCACCAGUCGUGUACAGGACUGCCAAUGAUCUCACCCCUGCAUUUCUAAAGGAUGCUAAGUUUCAUAUUAGCAAGCCCAACUUCAUUUGGUGGUUUAUCACCAUAUGCUCUUAUCAAGUAAGCGCGUGUGCAAGGAAGAUGGUAGCUUGUGGGUACCUGCCUAUUGCAGAGGGCACCCAGAGCAACUUUAAAUUCAUUGCUUGCUGCAAUGAACGUGGUGGGAUAUGUAGCUGGUUCCAAGACCUCUUAGAGGCAUACAUACACAAGGCAUACCAGUUAGAUGUUGGAGAGGCACGCGUGUUGGCAUCAUUAAAGGAAAAUGAUCCGCAAGAACCUACUGUUCGCUGCUUUGAUGAUGAGUCACAAGAGCGUGUGAAGGACCUUAAGACAAUCAUCUCCUGGGAACACCCAUGCAGGAGGAAGAGGGGUAGCAGGGUUGGCCUUGCACAACACAACCUCCCACAGAAG